AUGUGUAGAAGAGCAGUAAGAGUGAAGUCACAACUGACAUCGCACAAGAGAUUUGCUGAUGCAUUUCUGACUUAUUGUCAGCUAGUUGACAAUGCUAGGCUAUACAGUACAAAUUCUUUGGAAGGUCCACCUAAGAUAAAUGUUGUAAAGUUGAUAGGAUGGAAAGAUAGAGACAAGACAUUGCUCGUUGAUCCAGAUGAAAUAGACUGUUUGAAGAGGGUGGCAACGUUGAACGAAAGUGCCAACAACAUAUAUGAACUUUACAAGCGCCCCAACCCAGCUUGUGAAGUUGGAUCCAUAUGGAAAGACAUUGUGCUAUCUCCUUCAAGGUUGAACGUCCAAAAAGAGCUGAAGUAUUCAAUCCAAAAGAUUGAGAGUUUAAGACUAUAG